AUGUCAAAUCUUUUCAAAUCAAUCAUAAAUGAUCGAGGAGAGCGUAACGACAUUAUUUGCGUACCACAGCUGACCGCAUUAAUCGCAUUCCUUUGUGAGGUUGCUGAGCAUCAGAGUCGUUUAUCAUUAUCAGAAUUUCUUCACUUAAAUGGUGCGGCCACAUUACCGCAUCAGUUGAUACGUGUGGCAGAAUAUAUUCGAAACUGGGAAUUGUUUAUUGAAGCUGCCGUUAAACCUGGUAGUUUCAACUGGAAUCGUCGUUUAUUAAUACAUCCACUACACACCAAAAGUUAUGGUUUCGAAACAUUCAUGGCAUUGAAAUAUCUCGGAAUUGAGCUCAAAAUCUACGAUGAGAAAACAGGACGUGCAGAGUUAGUAGCAUGGCUUCGAAGAACAUGCAAGACUGAAGAAGGAGAAGCGCACUGUCCAAUUUUUUUGUGGAAAAAAGCGGAAACGAAAACAUCAGAUGUUCAAGAAUUGAACAAUCAGAAAUGUCCAAUACUCAUUCUCGCAUCACAUUUUUAUAUCCCAAUGUCUACUAAUAUUCUCGAUACACAUAAUAUAUUUUACACAACAUUUAAGGGUAAAAACUUGAAAGAAGUGCUGGCUUGCCGAUACUCGUGCCAUGAUUUGCCUCCGUUUCGUUGCUUGCAAAUUCAAAAAAGCUUGCUUAUCACACUGCCUACAUAUUCGGAUGACAUUACCGCAUACUGUAUGUCAAAUGCCGAUGAUUCAGAUAUGGCAAAAGAUCCUAAUUCGCUACUAACUAUGAUAACAUUUAUGAGAAGUGGCACAGAAACGGAAUCCAUCAGAAUCCUUCAUGAGCUAUAUGUUCCUCUCUUUCACGGAUUACCCAGCAGAACAACUAAUCUUGCUGAUGCAUUGUGUAAGACAGUACCACACAUCGACAAGUUAUUCCAACCUGAUGGAUUCGGUGAUCUGGGAACAUUAGGACACGAGCCAUCUUAUAUCGUUGGGCCACGGUUAACUACAAGCAUACAAAAUAUCGAUCGUCUAGAAGUUAUGCACACUCCUGGUCCCGAUGAAAUUGCGGUGGUGAAGCGGAUCCCAUCAGCUGUUAACAAAAUGUCCAUCCUUGAUAUGCCCUUUCUUGUCAUCAUUUGGGACAAUAGCAGAAACAUACCACUGUAUAUUGCACGUAUUGCUGAUCCUGUAGCAAAGACUACAAAUAUGCAUGUUGAUGCCACUGAAGAAGUGAUAUCAUCUAACUAUUCCGGAAAUUUUUUCUGGAAAUUAUUGAAUCCAAUGCGCCAUGCAUUUGGAUUUAACACUAAUAAAAGGAUUUUGGAUGGACACGACACUGCACCCAGUUUACAAUAA